CAGAGAAGUUAUGUCGAGGCGCAGUCCUUGCAAGCGGAGUCCAGAUGCUACCCAUUAGAGCGUUCAUGGACGACCUUACCAUCACAGCAAGAUCAGUGCCAGAAGGAAGAUGCAUUUUGGAGGACCUGAUUGAGCUCACUAAUUGGGCAAGGAUGGAGUUCAAACCGGCAAAGUCCAGAAGCCUAGUUCUGAAGAAAGGGCGUGUUCAGGAACGGUUUCGCUUCAAGAUCAGGGAGAACAUCAUCCCAACUGUCCAAGAGAAGCCUGUGAAGUGCUUGGGGAAGUGGUACAGGGCAGAUCUCAAAGACCGACUGAGUGUGAAAGAAAUGUUUAGCCAAGCAGAAGCCUGGAUGACAUCCCUAGAAAAGUGCGGCCUCCCGGGCAAGUAUAAGGCCUGGGGUUACCAACAUGGGGUUCUCCCCCGUCUGCUCUGGCCACUCCUAGUUUAUGAGGUACCUGUAUCCACAGUUGAGAGUCUGGAGAGGAAGUUGAACACCUACUUGAGGAGAUGGCUGGGUGUCCCAAGAAGCUUCUGUUCCAUUGGACUGUACAGCACAGGAAGCAAGCUACAGCUGCCAAUAACAUCAGUGGUGGAGGAGUACAAGGUGACAAAAACACGCCAGGCUAUGAUGCUACGAGACAGCAAAGACGAGCGAGUACGACAAGCAGGCAUUGUCGUCAGGUCAGGCAUAAAGUGGUCAGCUAGCGAAGCACUGAGGGAGGCGGAGGAUCGACUGCAUCACGCGGACAUUGUGGGAUCAGUAGCCCAGGGAAGACUUGGUCUGGGUUGCUCUUCCAGAACAAAUUGGAACAAAGCUAACCCAAAGGAGCGGCGAGGCUUGGUGCAGAGGGAGGUCCGAAAGGCUGAAGAGGAAAGCCGGCAUGUCAAGGCAGUAACCAUGAACAAACAAGGCAGCUGGACUAGAUGGGAGAGUGUAAAAGACAGAUCUCUAACCUGGAAGGACAUCUGGAGCAUGGAAGGCCACCGGAUUAAGUUCCUGCUGUGUUCUACAUAUGAUGUCCUGCCCACCCCAUCAAACCUCCAUACUUGGGGGAUGGUAGAGAGUCCCAGCUGUACACUCUGCGGAAAGAUAGCCAACCUGGAGCAUGUCCUCUCCUCUUGUCACUCAAGUUUAGCAGAUGGCAAGUUCCGGUGGCGUCAUGACCAGAUCCUUGCUCAGCUGGCAGAGGGUGUGGAGCAGGCCAGGAACAGGACAAGGCAGCUCUCUAAUGGGCCUCGCUUCAUCCACUUCAUCAGGGCAGGUGAAAGCGCAGCAGCAGGAGGGAGGAACAAAGGAAUCCUGGCCACGGCAAGCGACUGGGAGAUGCGGGUCGACCUGAAGAAGCAGCUGAAAUUCCCAGAGGAGAUAGCCCACACUACCCUGAGACCUGAUAUUGUUCUGUGGUCUAAAGGAACCAAACAGGUGGUGCUUAUCGAGCUGACAGUACCCUGGGAAGAGAGGAUAGAGGAGGCGUAUGAACGCAAACUCAAAAAAUACCAAACCCUCAUCCUCAAGAGCCAGCUAAAUGGAUGGAAGGCCUGGAACUUACCGGUGGAGGUGGGCUGUAGAGGCUUUGCGGGGCGGUCGCUCUGGAGAGCCCUCGGACUGCUGGGGGUCGAGGGGCUGGCUAGGAAGCGGCUGGUAGCCAACACCACUAAAAGGGCAGAAGAAGCAUCACGCUGGAUUUGGAUACAAAGAAAGGUGCGGUGGCAGAGCCGACCUACUGAAGGACUAGGGACAUAGAGUUGGGUGGCAUUCAGCAGGGGUAGAGCCAGGACGCUGGAUCUGCCGUCGAGCCCCUCCGAAGCGUCAUGGGCUUAAUUCGACGAAACGUUAAUGACGGGGGGUGCCCAUUUGAGAACCUUCUGAUGCCAACCAACUGAUGUCCAGUUAAGGUAUGCGGUCAAACUUAGUCUUGACUCAGGGAGGAGGACGUCCCUGCCAUGCAGAGUCCCGAUGGUGCCUUGAUAGAAGGAGAGAUGAAGAGAGCGAGGCCACAGGCUCACAGAUGGUGCAGGGGCGAGUACCUGUAAAGAAACACACUAGAAGAAAGCCUCCUUGUGUGAUCUAUUGCAGAAUUAUCCAGAAAAGCAGGCAGCAGCAGGCUGGCAUGUGGAGGAAAGAACACGUGCAGCACCUGAGUGCACUGGAAGGAGGAGCAGGAGCAAACUCUGACAGUCAAAUGAUGCAAUUGUUGAUGACUGAAGUGCUGCUAUCAACCCAAGCUUCUCAUCCCAACCCCUGAUUGUAAAUAAUGUAAAUAAUUCAAUGUUUAUACUCUGAUGAUUAACUCGUGUGAUGACUGUAUUAUGCUGAUGGUAUAUAUUUGUACCAUGAAUUGAUUAACUCGACUUAAACAAGUUGAAAAACAUAUUCGGGUAUUACCAUUUAGUGGUCAAUUGUACGGAAUAUGUAUUGUACUGUGCAAACUACUAAUAAAAGUUUCAAUCAAUCA